AGUGUGGACAGCGGCCGUUCUUAGACAGCCCCUCGGUGUCCCGGAUCGUGGGCGGACACGACGCUCAGAUCGGCGCCUGGCCGUGGUUAGUCAGCCUCCAGAUUCACCAGACGGGUGCAUGUUUUGCACACAUUUGUGGUGGAGUUUUAAUUAACGAGGAUUCCGUGCUCACCGCUGCCCACUGCAUUACUCAAUGGAAGGACCCCUAUUCCUGGAGAGCUGUUUUGGGCGUGCACAACAUUUGGAAACAUGGCAAACACGCAGCAAAAAGAAAUAUUAGAAGCAUCACUGUGCACCCAGAAUUCGAGAGAGAAAUAUUUCUAAAUGAUAUUGCAUUGUUUAAACUUGCUUCCGCAGUACGCUACAGUGACUACAUCCAGCCCAUCUGCUUACCUCCUGCACACCUCCCCCUGGACAGGGACAACCAAACCCAGUGUUUUAUUAGUGGCUGGGGACGGACAGCAGAAAAAGGUAAAAAUUCAGCUGUGUUAAAGGAAGCACAAGUGGAAAUCAUUCCCUCCAGUGUCUGUAACGGGUCUGAGGCGUACAGAGGCACGGUUAAUGAUGACAUGAUCUGUGCUGGCUCCCCAGCAGGAGGCACCGAUGCCUGUCAGGGAGACAGCGGGGGCCCUUUAGCCUGCCACCACCUCAGCACCAACAAGUACUACCUGGUGGGCAUUGCCAGCUUCGGAGUGGGCUGUGGCCGACAAAAAUUUCCUGGCAUCUACGUCCGUGUAUCCCAGUACAGGAGCUGGAUAAAAUCCGAACUGCUGCGGGGCAGCAAGGCUGCAAAGCCCCUGAGCACCACGCUCCCCCUCCUGCUGGCUCUGGCAGUGCUCGUGGAGACCUUCUGA